AUGUCCGGGCAUCCAGGCUCGAUGCCCACUACCCACGAAGCGUCCACACCCUCGCAACCUCAGGACGCAUCCACGUCGACCACACGAGAAGAGGAGGAAUACACAGCCUCGUUCCCGACCUAUGUCCAAUCGUCUUUGCACCGUCACAACGACGACGACGGCGAGGGGGAGGGCGAGGAGGACGAUGACGAGGCGUUGUUCGCCGAGCUCGAGAGGGAGGUCGAGGCGAUGGACGACCAACGCAAUUACCCCGGCUCCUCGGCGGCGCAGGGCAAGACGACGGGCAAGUGGGUGGGAAGAGGUGCCGAGGAUGUCGAUGGGUUCCUCCGAGACGAUGUCGUGGGGGAUCGGGAUGAGGAGGCGGUGGGUGGGUUCGAUAUGGCAGAGUUUAGGGAGAGGAGGAUGCUUGAGAUCCGCGAAGAACUGGCGCGGCGCAAGCAGGGCACGUCGAGCUCGUCUCAGAACUCGUCGUCGUACGCGCUGCGGGGCAAGCUGACGGAGAUCAGCCACGAAAAGGAGCUGAUCCACCUCUCGGCGCAAGAGGCGCGGGUGGCCAUCCACUUUUUCCACGCCUCGUUUGAGCGGUGCAAGCUGCUCGACCGGCACCUCGAAGUCGUGGCGCGCCUGCACCCGGACACGCUCUUCCUGCGCGCCAACGUGCUCAACUGCCCCUUUCUCACCGCCAAGCUCGGCAUCAAGGUGCUGCCCUGCAUCGUCACGUUCCGCGAUGGCGUCAGCAAGGACAAGAUGGUCGGGUUCGAGGAGCUCGGCAACUCGGACCGAUUCACGACGGGCGCCCUCGAGUGGAGACUCGGCCAGUCCGGCAUCGUCGACCCGCGACGCAACCAGAAACCCAUCCUCGGCUUCGCCGAGCAGCAGAGGGAAUCUGUCGGCGUCGGCGUCGUUGGCGCAUCGAGCGGGAGGCGGAGGAAGGAUAAAAACGGCCGCUGGAUCGACGAAGGUGACGGCGACGAGGACGAUUACUGGAACGACGACUAG